GUUUUUGUUGUUAUUAGGUGUAGGCAAUAGGAGUAAUCGCCUGUAUUCGAUUCAAGCAAAAUUAUAUUAUCAUAAAACGUGUUAAGUGGGGUCAGGGGUUUUGUUAUGUUUGUUCUAUUUGUGAUGUCUUUGUGAUUUGUGUGCUACCAAAAGUGUACCAUGUCGGCCCUCCUAACUGCUGAUUGGUUUCAAUUGGAUUCCUACUAUAGGAAAUUCGACCUGUAUAAUAUGCUAUGGUCCAUGGACGAAGGUCUUGAUAACAUGAUAGUCAGUGGAGCAGCCUAUGGAGGCCCUAUAGCUGUUGUUAGAGACAGAAAACAAUUUGUAAGAGUUGCAACUACUGCAAAGCCUGUAAUAACAAUCUACAAUGGAGUUGGUAACAUAAUAUCUAAAAUUUUGUGGAACAGUGGAGUUCUUGUGCACAUGGGAUGGUCAGAUGCAGAACAGCUCUUAUGUGUACAGGAGAGUGGUGAUGUACUCAUAUAUGACAUGUUUGGUGCCUACCAAAAAACAUUUAGUAUGGGACAAGAAGUGAGAGAUACAAAGGUGUGUAAGGCUCAAUUGUUCCCAAACCCACAUGGAAUUGGUCUUGCGAUCAUCACCACUACUAACAGAAUGUUCUUGGUCAGCAAUGUAUCUGAUCCGAAAGUCCGAUCGUUGCCUGACCUACCAAGGCCAAAUCUUACAAUCAGUUGUUGGUGUGUGUUGAGUUCUGGUCAGCAUUCGUCUUCACAAAUAAGUAUUCUUAUAUGUCGAGAUAAAGAGGUAUUUAAAUGCCAAUUAGGAGAAACUAGAGCUAUUUUGAAUAUGAAGGCAGAAUUCAGAAACCCCUAUACACAAGUAUUGUCUAUAGUGCCGUCUCAAAAUGGACGACAUGUUGCCUUAUUUACAGACUCUGGCUUUCUAUGGAUCGGUUCAGCUGAUUUCAAGAAUAAAUAUUGCGAAAUUGAUACCGGAUUUAUUAAACAACCUAAAGAAUUAGUAUGGUGUGGAUCCCAAGCAAUAAUCGGACAUUGGGACGAUACAAUGUGUAUAUACGGGUUCAACGCUCAGAAUAUCACAUACCCAUACGACGGACCAUUCCAUUUGAUCCAGGAAAUGGAUUGUGUGAGAGUGAUAUCGGAGUAUACUCAUGAACUGAUACAAAAGGUUCCAAUUGUGGUGGACAAGAUAUUUAGGAUCAAUAGUACGGCGCCCGGUUCAUAUUUGGUUGAGGCAUCUAAACAGUUUCAGAAACGCAGCCACCGUGCAGAUGAAUACAUACGACUGGUGAAACCAGAUUUAUCCAUUGCGGUACAAGAUUGCAUUGAUGCAGCGGCCUUUGAAUUCGACACUGAUGUACAGAAAAUGCUUAUACGGGCAGCUCAGUUCGGGAAAGGUUUCCUUCUAGAACCAGCAUUGACGGAGCACUACGUCAAGACUUGCAGAUGGCUCCGGGUUCUCAAUGCAGUACGAGAUACAAGAGUUGCCAUACCGCUGACCUAUUUGCAAGUUCAAAAUCUUGGCGAGAGAGUUUUGCUAGAUCGACUAAUAUGGCGACGAUUGCAUUGUCUCGCGGGACACAUUGCUUCUUAUCUUCAAUUGAAAGACGGACAAACACGCGUUCUUUCACAUUGGGCGUGUUACAAGGUGACACAACCGCAUUUGGACAACGAAAGUGCAGCAAGGGAAAUAGGUGAAAAAUUAAGAAAUAUACCUGGUAUUUCGUAUUCUACGAUUGCUAUGAAGGCCGCCGAAAAGGGACGGAAAGCUCUAGCUAUUAAAAUCUUAGAAUACGAAACUCAUAGUAAACUUCAAGUCCCCCUUCUUCUAUCUUUAGAAGAAGGAGUAAUAGCACUGUUGAAGGCUACAGCUAGCGGCGAUACGGAUUUGGUGUAUAUUGUCCUAUUGCAUCUCAAAGAGAAAAUGGGAAAACACGAAUUUGAGCUCACUAUCAGAAGCCUGCCCCUCGCUCAUGCGCUAUACAUAAAGUACUGUGCGGGUCACAAUCGCGAGGCAUUAAGGCAAGUGUACGUCCAAGAAGACGACUUUCACGGUCAAGCGAGCACACAUAUCCGUGACGCGAUAGAUCAAACUAACCCUGGCAGUAUUGAGGCAUCGCUUAUUUCGGCCAGAGAGUGCUAUAAGAAGGGCAAGAAUGAUCUGGGCGCGUCAAUAUGCGAAGACGCCCGUAAGCUUUGCAAGCAGCAAUCGAGUCUACAAGAAACUUACGGAACCAGCUUCGUCGGUCUCUCCUUACAUGACACUGUUGGGAAGUUACUUAAGGAGGGGGAGGUCAAAUUAGCGGAAAAACUCCGCUCUGAAUACAAGAUGCCGGAUAGAAGAUAUUGGUGGCUCAGAAUCCUAACGAUGGCCGAAAAGGGCGAAUGGGACGACUUAGAGAAGUUCUCGAAGACCAAAAAGUCCCCAAUCGGCUACGAGCCCUUUGUUGACGCGUGUCUCUCGCGAGGGCAAAAAGACGAGGCAUUAAAAUACUUGCCCCGGUGUAGGGACGAUAUCAAAGUUAAAUACUACGUGAAGGCUGAGUUUUAUGAAGAAGCUGCCCAAGUAGCCUUUGAACAGAAAGACGAAAGCGCCCUCUUCUUUGUUCAGAAUAAAUGUCCGCUUCGAGAAACUACGAAACACGAGAAAAUAUCCGCGCUUUUAGAACAAUUGGCAGCUAGAAAAUAAGAGUUGAAAUAUUCCAAUUAAUCCUAUUUAUGCAAUUAUAUGUUAAUCAUAGUAAGACGUUUUUAUUAGCAGAUGUAAUAAAAAGACAAUGUAUCUCUAUACAUUCGAAACAGAUACAAAAUUAAAGCAUAAAAAGUAAAAACAUAUAUUUUCUAAUCUGUGGAGCUCUGAAACCAAUCCUCCACUUUCAGCCUGCCUCAAUUAAACCAAAGCUUCUUUCAUUUCGAGUACAUUUUAGCAUUAAUUGCACGAGGCACUCAGUCUUAUAUAAAUAAUUAAUUACAUUUUUACCCGUUAAAUGAGUUCUUUUACCCGAUGAACAUAUUUUUAUGACGCGAAAAAUUAAACAGCAAAAAAUGUUUUGUAUACUUUAUAAGUCUGAAAAGAAAACAAAACAAAAAAACUGACAUUUUUCUUCUAUGGAUAUUCCGCAAAAAACUUAUUUCAGGGAAAUAAAAAAAUUAUCUACCCACCGUAGACAUAAACCGCAAAACUAUCACCAAAACCAUUAAUUUUUGCUUGUACCUGCUCUUCUCGUACAAUCGAUCGUUGACCAUUUAAUCCUUGCGGUUUCUCAUGCAGUUCAAUACGUUUCUCAACUCUUGCAAAAUCUGGCUAUUUGUAAUCAGUAUUGGGGUAGUACACAAGGCCUCUAAAAAGUAUUUAGAGAAAAUAGCUACUUUAUUCACUUUUCAAUAUUUAUAUAUGUAUACGGUCAUAUUGCAAGUGAGGCAAACUCUAAUCUCGAUCAUGGCGUGAAUUAUGCUGUAAAUACAUAAAGCAUAUAAAAGUUAUUUUAUUUAUUAUUUCAGUCUAUGAAGACCUUAUAAUAUCUUAUUUUCAAUAAAACAAAUAUGAUUGCA